AUGAAAACACGGUGGAGGCACUACUUCUCUCGAGCUUUGACCUCAUCAACGAAUGCAAAAGGAGAAAACUCAGAGACAAUCUCAACUGAUCUCAUCACCGAAAUCCUCUUGAGAUUGCCGGGGAAGUCUGUAGCGAGAAGUCGCUGCGUAUCGAAACUCUGGAACUCCACUCUUCGCGGUCAGUAUUUUACGGAGCUCUUCUUGACCAUGUCUUUGGCUCGUCCUCGGCUCUUGUUCUCCUUCCGAAAAGACCGCAAGCUCUGCUUCUUCUCGGCACCUCAAGGUGAGAGCUCCUCGUCUCCUGUAACCGCAGAUUAUCAUCUCAAGUUCAAAUUAGAUGAUUCAUACGAAGUCUGUGGUCAUGUUCGUGGGUUGGUCUGCCUUGCUGAUCUCCGAGACGUUAAGGGAAGGAAAGGAACAGCUCCGGUGAUAUGUAGCCCAAGCACAGGACAGUUGUUGCCUCUACCAAAAGUGAAGACGAACAAGAGCUUCUUUAGCGUGAGGAGUUUUCUUGGGUUUGAUCCGACUGAUGAAGAAUUCAAGGUAUUGAUGAUAACCGAUGGGAUUGAGCAUCGAGUUCUGACGUUAGGGACUCGAAAACUCGAAUGGAGAAUGGUCGAGUGUGGCAUUCCACGUCAUCAUCCUCUUAGUGAUGGGGAGAUAUGCAUCAAUGGUGGUGUGUAUUAUAUAGCUCGCUUUCUUGGGCCUGGGCAUCAGUAUAUUCUUGCUAUAGUUUGCUUUGAUGUGAGGUUGGAGAAGUGUAGAGUUGUUAACGAGGAUGAGUCCAUGCGUCUAGGUUGUCCAACUCUUGUAAACUACAAGGGAAAAUUAGGUGCUCUUUUUGGAGGAAGCAGACGUUUUGAGCUGUGGGUUCUGGAAGACGCAGAGACACAUCAAUGGUCGAAGCAUGUAUCUGUAUUGCCACAACCUCUGUGGGAGAAUCUAGUUCGAAAGGCCAAGUUAUACAUUGUUGGAGUGGCUGGUGGUACAGAUGAAGUUGUCUUGUGGCCGCGAUCUGUAUAUGAUCCGUUCUAUGUUUACUACUACAGCAUGGAGAGGAAUACUUUGAGAAGAGUUGUGAUCAAAGGAAUGGACGCAGUUAGUGACUAUACGAAGCACAUGACUCUAAACUAUGUAGAGGACGUGAAGUUUAUGGAACAUGUUUAG